AUGGCUGAGAAGGUUGAGACCGCGAAUGAGGGCAUCUCGACUGCCGACCCAGAGAAGGCACCUCACCAUGUGGGCGAGGACGAGAACUGGGGGGACCAGAUCCCCCACGAGAUGCUCGAGACCUUGGCCCCCAAUGGCGAGACCGAGUACAUCCUCGACAAGAUCAACAACAUGAGCGAGGAGGAAGCGGUCGAGAUUGUCACUGAGAGCCUGCGAUUCCACGCUGACGACUGGAACUUCCCCACCGAUAUGCGCGAGCGCAUGACCCGGCUGCUACAGGGCAGGAAGCUCUACGGCGAGUUCUACGACCGCGAUCUCAGGAUCGACGCCACCAUGAUGCGCUGGUCUUCUCCAUAUCCUGGGGUUCGGGCUGUGCAAGAGCUCGAGAUGAACGACGACAUCCCGAUCGAGACGUUCAGGGCGUACUUUCUUGGUAUAGGUUGGGCGGUUAUCGGAACAUUUAUGGCAACCUUCUUUAAUUCUCGCUUCCCUUCUAUCUCCCUCGGCGGGGCUGUCAUCCAAAUCCUGCUCUUCCCCUGUGCAAAGGUUCUUGAGUAUGCCCUGCCGGAUUGGGGCAUCACAGUCUUCGGGACGCGUCACUCGCUCAACCCCGGUCCCUGGACCUUUAAAGAACAAAUGUUCAGUACGAUUACAUAUAAUAUCGCGAUCUACACCACAAACAGCUAUUCCAUGAUCCUGGUCCAAAAGAUGCCAAUGUUCUACGGCGAGAAAUUUGUGAACUUUGGCUACCAAUUCAUGCUGACACUCUUCGUUCAGACCAUGGGUAUGGGUCUGGCUGGCUACCUUCGCCGCUUCAGCGUCUACCCUGUGAAAGCACUUUGGCCAACGAUCCUGCCAACCAUAGCUAUGAACAGGGCGCUGACGAGGACGGAGCCCAAGGAGACAAUCCCCGCAUUUGGGCGGAAUUGGACGGCGUCGCGGUACAAAUUCUUCUACAUCUGCACCAUCUCCAUGUUCUUGUACUACUGGUUCCCAGGGUUUUUAUUCACAGCGCUGAGCACUUUCAACUGGAUGACCUGGAUCGCGCCGCAGAACAUCACGCUGGCCAUCUUAACGGGCUCGAGCCUGGGGCUUGGGCUCUUCAACCCGAUCACCACCUUCGACUGGAACGUGGCGACGUCUUCCUACGCCGCUCUGGCGCAGCCUUUCUUCGCCACUUGCACCAUGUACAUUAGUACCAUUCUGGGCGGCUUCAUCAUCCUGGGAAUUUACUACAGCAAUAUGUACAACACCGCCUAUCUGCCUAUCAACUCCUCGUCAGCCUUCACCAAUAACGGCACUGCGUACAAAGUCCAAGAGGUUAUCACCAACAACAGGCUCGACCCGGAAAAGUACCAGCAGUACUCGCCGCCGUUCUAUACUGCUGGAUACAUCUUGACUGUUGGCGCCAACUUCGCCUUCUACCCGGUUUACUUCCUCUACAUCACCUUUAACCAGUGGACGACCGUCUCGAACGCGUACAAGGACUUCUGGGCAGGGAUAAGGCGUGGCAAGGGUAACUAUGAGGGUGCCAUGGACAUCCACAGCCGACUGAUGGCGCGCUACCCCGAGGUCCCGGACUGGUGGUUUCUGCUAAUUCUGGUGUUGGCCAUCGUGCUCUCCAUCGUCUUCCUUGAGAUCUACGACCUCGCCACGCCCGUGUGGCUGACGUUCCUCGUGAUCGGCAUCAACUUGAUCUUCGCUGUGCCAUUGUCCUUCCUGUCCGCAACCACAGGUACGAACCUGGGCCUUGGCUCGCUUAUCCAGGUCAUCACGGGCUUCGUCUUGCCAGGUAACUAUAAUGCCUACCUGUACGCACAGACACUGGGAUCGUGGGCGCUGGCUGGGUACAGUGACAAUUAUGUGCAGCAGCAAUCAGACGCUCCUCUGGCUCACAGCAACGGCAAACAGGACCAAAAGAUGGCGCACUACUGCAAGAUCCCGCCGCGCGCCGUGUUCCGCAGCCAGAUCGGCACCAUCAUCAUAACGUGCUUCGUGGCGGUGGGCACGCAGGACUUCAUCAUGAACCACGUCGAGGGGAUAUGCACGUCGUCGCAGCCGCAAAAGUUCACGUGCGCCAACGACGGCGCGCCCAUGUACGCCAACAGCCUGAUGUGGGGCGUCCUCGGCUCCAACAUCAUGUUCAACUCCAUGUACCCGCUCUUCAAGUGGUGCUUCCUCAUCGGCUUCGCCGUCUCUAUCAUCUUCCUCGUCCCCCAGUACUACGGCCCCAUCUACCUGCCGGGCGUCAAGGAGAGGCUGAGGACGAAGCUCAGCCCGCGCACGUUCGAGCUGCUCGACCGAUCGCUGUUCCCUUUCGUGGCGUCCCUUUUGUGGCUGAACCCUAUUCUUAUCAUCCAGGGUAUCCAGCACUGGGCGCCGUCCAAUCUGUCGUAUAAGACGCCGGGCAUGAUUCUAUCCUUCAUCUUCAUGUACUGGCUCCCCCGGCGCCAUCUAGCGUGGUGGGAGAAGUACAACUACGUUCUCUCGGCCGCGUUGACGGCGGGUGUUGCCAUUAGCGCGCUGGUCAUGUUCUUUGCGGUGUCCUACCGUCCAGUCAGCCUCAAAUGGUGGGGCAACACUGUCAGCUCGGCAGGAGUUGAUGGUAGCAGUGUUGGGAUAUGGCCAAUUCCGGAGAGAGGGUACUUUGGCCCGGAGAAAGGUCACUUUCCAUCCUAG